GCAAAUGAAUAUGUUUCCAAACUUCGCGGACUUGAUAGCAACAAAAAGACCUCUUUGCAGGUAUCUAACUUUACCAAUAACUUAUAUAUUAUCGUACAGAAUAUAUCCAAAAAAUAAGUAAAUAUAUGUGUAUAUAUAAUUGUGGAAAAUUGUAGCUGUUGGAAAGUGCUCAAUACACGUGAGUGUACAGCGAAAUAAAGUUCAAAAUGACUAAAAUGAAACAUGCAUGAUUCCCUGUAACUCACGAGUUACACGGAGUAACUGAGACUGACAGCAGCUAUUGUAUUUUCCUUUUGAAGAACGUCCCCUUUAAUUUAUUCUAUCGGAAGCUAAUGGAAGAAGGAAAGGUGUAUGUAUCAUAUAUAUAUAUAUAUAUAUAUAUAUAUAUAUUCAAAUAGCGACGUUUUGAGAACGAGUACAUAUUUACAUAUAUGCUUAUAUGUACUUUUAUAUGUAAAGAGAGACAGUGACAGAGGGCGGGAAAGAAAUUUGAUAAGGCUACCUGGGCCAAGGAAAACACAGCUUUUAAACAACACUCUGUAUACUUAUAUCGUUCUAGGACCGGAACAGAAUUAAUACUAGACACAUUCUCCACGCUUCUUUAACAUCAAAACUCUCAUCUUCGUCGUUCCUUUUGUAAUGUUUGCUCUGCUUAUCAAAUAAAGCAGAUUCCAAGUUGCCGCGCGUCUGUUUGGUUAUGGAUAACAGAAAACUUCAGGAGUAUUGACCAAAUCAAUGAUCAGUUUCUUUGUUUUCCACAUUUUGGCGUCGUUAAUGAUCUAUAAGAAUUUCAACUGUUAUUAAACAGAUACAUGGCAAAAGGGUAUCUACUUGUAACAAAACAACGUUAUAAGUAAUUAGAACCACACGCUUGACAUAGAUCCCUAUAAUAUUAUUGAAAAUCACAUGGAUAAAAUUGUUUUACGUGAUUUCAGGAGGCUGUAAACGUGUUUGAAAACUUCAUCGUCAGCUUUGAAAACGUGACAAAACUUCAUGAAGGCCAGUUAACCAUAGACGAGUUUCAGAAAGGAAGAGAAUCCAUCUUUAAUGUGGCUGUCGUCUUCGAGAAAUUUGCUCUUAAUUAUGGCAAGCAUCACCUUCCAAUAAAGAUUGUAAGCCACAAAAUGGGUGAGUAAAAACACCACCACUUAUCAGAUUUGUGAAUAAAAUUCUUCGUCGAUGCUUAUUCACGGUCUGAGUGACUGACACUUUAUCUCCUAAAUAGGAUAAUGUCUUUUACAACUGGGCUGGGUUGUUCUGAGCUAAGUUUAGAUAGUCGAGGAUUCAUGUGAAGUCUGAUUUCAGAUAUGAAAGCUAUAAAAGAAAAUUCAGCAUAAUUCUAUUGGACUAUUGACUAUAAUCUUGAUGAUUGUUUGACUCUUCAAAAAGAGUGAAGAAAAUUAUCUCAAAAUGGCUUUUGAACGAAGGAAUAAAGAAACCCGGAUCAGAAUUUGACUUUAGGUGAGCGCCAAUUGGCCUCAGAACAACUGAGUGGGUCCUGAGUCAUUUACAAACGCUUAUGUUGGAUCUAGUCUAUCUCUUAAUUCUUCAAUUUUUAAUGAUAUUCAUCCAUAAGCGGGAAGUCUACUUUUCAUCCUUCAGUGCUGGAAGUCCAAAAGGCCGACCGCCAAAAUGCAAGUGACUUUUACCUCGACGUACACGAAUGGCAAACGAACAUCAAUAUUGCCUCUUCAAAUCUUGCAGAUAACGGUUUGUGUUACCUGUUGUCUUCAGUCUGAAAAAAAUAUAUAUAUACAUAUAUAUAAAUAUGGGGGUAGUGUCUAUCUUUGCAUAAAGUGCUCAAUGCUGUGGUAGCAAAGCUAAGUAUACAUAAGUUAAAGAAUUAAAGAGGACGCAUCGAUUCUCUGUGACUCUCAGUUUCGCGCCUAAGCGCUCGUCAGACAGAACUUUAUUCAAUGAAUGAAUGCCUCCUUAAAUACAAAUAAGAUAAGUAGCUAAUUAAUUCACUAGUGUGAUGAUCUGAUCUAUGUGUGAAAUAAAGAUUCUAUAGAGCUAUUGCUGGUGGCUUGUGAAAUUUGCUGAGUAAAACUUAUUCUCGUAGCGGCAUUUAGAAAUGAGAUCUGUUUUUUUUGGUUUAAUAAAGACGGCUUCUUAGCUCUAACUAAGUAAAGUUUUUCUGUGAGGCACAAGUGGCACCGCUUGCUUUUGUUGCUGUAGGCCGGGGCGGUCGCUAAAAUACUCCGGUUAAUUGCAAAAUUGGUGUUGUUGUCUUUGAGUGUCCAGAUCUGCUUUGAUAGUUCCGUGCUGUUUGAAUAGUUUCUGUUCCGAAAAGAAAGAUUGUGUUGCAUGUAACACUAACAGAAGAAACUUUUAAAUAACGUUAUUAUUUAAUUAGUAAGUCUGUUGUAAUCUGAUGUAAUGCUGAUGUGGCAGCAUUAAGAAAUUAAUUCAGCUCUUUUGUUAAGGUUGCUUGCUUUGUCGGCUUUAAUAAUGUAAAGUUUUUCAGUCAGGCGGAGGUUACAUCGUCUGGAAAAAUUGUUACAGGCAUCGACACCAGAUUACAAUUAAACAGCGUUGACGUUAUUUCUCACGGAGGACAGUUCACAAGCUUUCGCAGGCUUUGCUUCCAAAACCUGCGCUCAUCGGGUUUAUCUGUUUUAUAGCCAGAACGAAAUACAUAGAUUUACCUUUUUUAGGAUCAGUGGUCGUCGGGUGUGUAUAUAAGAAUCUGCAAGACAUACUGCCGAAAAGUCAACCCAACAGGAAUGGAACAGGAAGCACAAGGUAACAAUAUUGUCUUCUUUGUGCUCAAAACACCUGGCCCUGGUUGUUCGAAGGGUAAUUAACGUUAUCCACCGAAUAAUUCGCUAUCCGGCAGAUAGAGCAAAACAUUUUGUUAACACUUAUCUGCUGGAUAGCGUCGACUGGCGUUAUCUUCCCUACGUAGAGAAUAUCGGCUAAGAUAUGCAAAUAGUUUGGUAUCGUCACCACCGCUACCACUCUUUUAAACCACCAUAUUUUUGUCACAUUCUGGUUCAUUUUCAAAUCAUUGUGUACACAGAUAUUUGGGUAGCAGAAUAAUAAUGGCAGCAAUGGAACCUAAACCAAAAAAAUUGCUAGAAAAUGUCGUCUUGAAGUUCAAAAACAUAAAGGUAAGCAAGAUUGAAUAACAUGAAAGUAAAAAAAGAUUAUUUGGAAUGCGCUGUUUUAUUUCAUCUCACCACGAUGAUUUUAUUUUCAGAUAGAAGAAAGGGUAAAGAAUUGCAUGUUUUGGAGAGGCUUCAGCGAAAGGUAAAAAAUUGCAAUACAUCAUUUACUUUUCUCAGAAUUUUCUCGUUUGUUUGGUCGUCCGUUUGCCUCUAUGUUCCCGUCAAUAUUUUUCGUGAAUUUCGUUGUCCAGUUGCUUGUUGGCUGUAUUUGUAUGUCCUCUUAUUUUCCGGUUAUCACGGGAGACACUUUUACCUAGAAUUGUUAUGUUUCAUUAUUUUCCCCUUAAUUUAACAUUAAUUUUCCCUUAAAAUUUGUCCUGAUAAGAUGAUUUUUUCUAUUGAAAUUAUUUUUCCAAGCUAUAAUCCUUCUAUCUACGACAACUUCUGUCUAAAAAUUUGUAAUACACCUAAUCAAAGUUUGAAUCUAUGCCUAACAAGGAAGUAUUGUAAAUAGUUUCCGCCUUGACUUAUUAAAACUAAUAAUGAACUGCCAAUAAUGUAAUCGAUAAUAUGAAAUCAAAAGGGUUUUGAUGAAAUUCACUCUUUUGGUACCAUGGAAGGCUAUUUCCUACACUACGUCUUGCCUGCUGAGGUUAUGCUUCCUUUGCAGCUCCGACGGAUUUUCAGACGAAGGAUGCCAUGUAGUUAUGUCGAGAAGCAAUUCAGAAGAAACAGUUUGUAGCUGCAAUCAUUUGACUCAUUUUGCUGUAUUAUUAGAUUACAACGAUGGUACAAAGGUAACCAAUUAUAUGUAUGUUCUUAUUCCAGCACUGGUAAUACAUGUAGAUUAAUUGAGCUAAUUCACGUGUCUCUAUUUUCUUUUUUUAUGCUAUGUGACGCAGCUUUCCAAACAGGAGGAGACUGUGUUGAAGAUAAUUACCUACGUAGGAUUAAGCUUGUCGAUCAUCGGGGUCCUUGUAACAUCAGCCUUGUACUUUUUCUUUACGUAAGUAUGGUGGCUAAAUAAUGGAUGAAGUACACAUUCUCAAGUCUUCUUCUAAUUACUAUCGAUUGUAAUUUCUCAACAAAGGAAAAAAAAACUAAGGAAUAAAGGUAACUUUAAGUUAUCCAAAAUGUUCCUUUUAAUCUCUCCGAAAUUAAGGUAAAGUAAGUCGAUUAAAUAGCCAAUUUACUUUACAUUUCAUGUUCAAUUAGAAGAGCAUUAACAAUGCAUGGUCUCUUUCCUCAGUCGUUAAUGUUUUCUUAUUCUAUACCAACUUGGCUUUUUAUUUGCCUUUUGAUUCUGAAGCUUUUGAUUGACUUUUUUUUUUUUGGUGUUUGUUUUGUUUUGUUUGUUUUUCUUUUUUUGCUUAACUUUUCAUUUGAAUUAUUUUUGUUUGAUUAUGUUUGCUUUUUUUUACUCAUGUCUGGUUUUUGUUUUUCCUUUUUUUUCGUCAUCUUUCAUUUCACCAGAGAUGUCCGUCAACCUCUGUCUCAAAUUCGAUUGAGUCUUUCUGUGUCCCUCGGAGUUGGACAGCUAAUUUUUCUCGCAGGAGUAAACGCCACAGAACACACGGUGAGAGGUUUCUCCGAUCUUUUCAUUUAGUUAAUCAAAUCUUUCUGCUCUAAAUAUUUCUAGAAAAGAGCACAGAAAGACAAAACAUUUCCUUUUGCAGACUGCUUGUAUCGCAGUAGCAGCUCUGAUACAGUAUUUCCUGAUGGCUGCCUUUUGCUGGAUGCUGGUCGAGGGAAUCUACCUCUACCUGUUCGUUGUAAAAGUUUACAACAUCAACACCAAGAUGCGCAUGUAUCACGUCAUCUCAUGGGGUAUUUCCAUGACUUAUUUUACUACAACAUGUAUUGGAGGUAGUACCGUGCUCUCAUAUUUGGUGUUGUCAUCAAGUCAAGUGCUUUGAAUUUAUUUUUUUGUAUUUAUGGUUAGGUUUCCCUAUGAUCAUGAUGGCCGUUUCACUUGGCAUUGCUGCUGCGAAAGAAGGAAUACAAAGCUAUGUCAGUGAUAAAUAGUAAGAAACACAUCAAUAAGUUACUUUUUACCUUUCUUCUCUCUCUCGCGCACUAUCAAGUUAAGUGCGUUUUAUUUUUCUUGUUCCGUUUUUCCUUGGGUCUUUUUUUUUAAUUCAUUCUGAUGACUUUCAUUCGUGUCUUUCAAUUUUAUUAGUUGUUGGCUGUCUUCGACCAACAAUCUGAUCUGGAUAUUCAUCUCCUUUGUAACGUUCAUCGAAGUUGUGAGUUUAUGAUUAAUUUAUUUUACGGUGCUUGGUUUACCGAGCUAGUUACUCACUAUUUUUCUAUUGGACUCACUACGUUUCUUUGUUCGACCUAAACUAAACAAAUAACUUCUAUACUAAGAUUCUCUUGGCUUCUCGACUACCAAGUAUAGAAACUUAAUUCAGUGAUUUUAAUGGCAUUUUUAAUAGGUCAACAUCUUGAUACUCGUACGAGUCAUAAAGGAGAUGACCAAUUUGGUGCAGCCAACAGGUGAAGACGACCAUAUUCAGCAAAUACGGUAGGAUUCACAACAUGAAAUUAUUCAAAAUAAUGAAAACAAAUUUCCUUAACAAGCUGUACGUACGGCAACGUUCGCCCGGCUCCCUCAUCCCUUGACCAGUUUGCUAUUACGAUACAUGUUAAUGAGACUGCGAAAAAAAUUAUCAACCCUUAUGCAUGCACCUUCAAUUUUGUUGUCGAUCUCAGAAUUGGUAUCAAAGCUUGCGCACUGAUGAUUCCUUUACUGGGUGUCACGUGGCUGUUUGGUCUUCUUUCGCCUGUGCAAAAGGCUUUUGCUUACAUUUUCACAAUACUCAACUCUACUCAGGUGAGUGUCUGAUUGAAACUCUUAAACUCAAUCAAUCUAGAUUGUUCAAUUUACACAGCUCUAACCGAAGAGAGAACCCUUUACAAUGAUUAGAUGAUACAAAAAAAAUUAGAAAAAAUUAAAAACCUGUUAACUAUUUUCUUGACCCGAAAUAUAUUCGUAGCAGUCUUGUUAGACCUAUUAGAUAUUGAUUCUUGAAGACGAUUAUUAUAUGCAUUGUACACUGAGAUACCCAAACAACGCACACUCCGCCGCUUCCUACCUAAGUGCAAUAUUGUAAAAAAAAUGAUCUUGAAAUUAUGUUUCUGCAACAGGGUUUCCUGAUUUUCGUUCUACACGGCUUACGAAACAGCCAGGUAAGAAAAGAAAACUAAGUCAAGAAUAAGGAAAGUGCACAUUACUGCACAAAUGUUUAAGCAUGAAAAACUCUUUGAAUGAAAUUUGAAAGAAAUGUAUCGUUUGUUGCUUGUCUAUCUGCAGAUCAGAGAGCGAUUGAAAAGAAAGAUGAACGUGGUUUUUACCACUUCAAAUAAGGAGGACUCCACAAGGAAGAGCCCACAGGUCAAUUCAAGUGACGUCGGCAAUGCACGGGCAGUUGAAUUGCAGCCUCGCAGUGACCUUAAACCGAAUUAGCACUCUACUUAAGUCAGGGGAUUUAACUGUCCGCCAAUAACAUUCUAUUCCAUUGAACGAUUGUGUAGUAAAUAGCGAUUAGUCGAUGACGAUCGAUCUGAGUUUCAAUCUGCUGUUAAAAUGUAAUGUAGUAAAAGUAAAUUAACAUUAGGUGCAUUAUGCAUUAUGUAAGUCGUUAGUUUUUAGUUAGUAGGACGGAUGUAGAGCUACCGAGUAGAAAUACUGUCAAUAAAUUGUUGUUAUUAUUAUUAUUAUUAUUAUUAUUAUCAUUAUUUUAUUAUUAUUAUUAUUAAGUGGUGAGAUCGUUCUCUUGUUUAUUGGUUUAGCAAUUAACAAGUUGCAAGUGCUAUCUUUUAUCUUAAUGACUUUUCCUGAACAUCGCAUACAUGUACUUGCUUAAGAAUUUUUGUUAGCUUCAUGCUAAGUUGUCCGCAUUAAGGAUCAAAUUAUCCUAACUCCAGGUUGGUCUGGCUUGUCUGUUAUUAAGUGACUUUCAUUAAAGAUUAAAUCUACUUUAGAAGUUCAAUGAACUCAUGGCAUGAAAUCAUUACAAAUUCUUCUUUAAUUAACACUAUUUAGUUCCAACACGCAUUUAACUGCCAUCUUUCAAUCCUCGUGCGCUACAUUUUAACGCUUGCUACAUGAUGCUUUCACGUUUCAUAUCGGAGAAGAUACUGGUCAAACAGUAUCUUGUUACUGUAAUAUUAGCAGCCUCGUCCAACAUCUAAUGUUAUUACUUAUGAAUAAACAGAUGAAUAGAUAGAUGAUGCUGAGUUAAUGAAUAAAUAACUAUGUUAAAAAAGAAAGAAAUUCUGAGAGAUUACAUAUUUUAACCCUUUCAUGCCUAAGAUCUCAUUUCUAACUCUCCUCACUGUCUGCCAUACAACUCUCAGGUGCUACUUCUGAGAAUUUGGUACUGGAUCAACCAGAAAAUCCUCAAACUUAAAUUUUUCCUUAUUCUCAUAACCUGUCUGAUUGAUAUUGUAUUGAUACUGUAAGGAGAAAUUCUGUCUUGGUCACUCAUGGGAGUUAAAGGAUUAAGGAUAACUUGAAGUUUUCAAUCUUUAUUCUCCGCAUUCCUUAGAUAAGUAUUUCUAUUUCGAAUCGUAAAUGUAUCGAUGAAUUCUGAUAUUUAAAAUUAGAGCUAUGAAACCUCAUUUCACAGCGAUCGAAGAAAAAAUUGCACACAGUAGACAAUUUAAAGGAACAAAGUGCAGUUAUAGAUAUGCUAGGUACCGUAUUUUUCCGGUUAUAAGGCGCAGCAUUUUUUCAAAGAAAUUUUGCCUUAUCACCUUUGAAUUGUCUCAGAUUCGGGGUGCGUCUUAUAGCCAAUUAUUUUCAUGCAACAAAAUUCAAGAACGUCCUAUUUUCUAACUUUAACCUGGUAUAAAACAAGAUAAAUAGAUAAAAGGCUGGGAAUAUUGGUUGUUGACUUUACUCGAGUUGGUGGUUCUGAAAAGAACCGUUCUAUCAAUACUGCUGCAGGUACGUUUUAUUCUCCUUCUUCGCCUCUUCGGUUUGGCUUUAAAAGGCUUGUUUAUGCACUUGUCUAAGGGCUGCAAAACUGACGUCAGGCCACCGGGAAUAACAGCAACAUCAACAUUUCGUCUCGCAAGGAGGUCCUUGACAGCGUGGGUCAAAUGGCCACGAAAUAAAUCCCAAACCAAAAGUGCUCUCUGAUGUGGCGUGAAUCGGAGAUUUUUCCGAAUCCAAUCUUUUGUUCCUACAGAAGAAAAAGAGAGAAACAACUUUGACUAGGCCUACGGCAAAAACAAAAUUUUAAAACGUACUGCUAUCGAUCGAUUUAAUCGAUAUCGGAAGUGUCAAUUAAAGCCCACGUGCUUUGGAAACACGAUAUGAAUGAUGUCAGAAUUCUGAGAAAUCCCCGCGCCGAAUAACUUUUCGAUUGAAAGAUAAAUAAACAAGGAACGAAAAAUACCUUUUUCAUCCAUCCAGCCUUUCUUUUGUACCGAGACCUGCAUUCUUGGUGGUAUCUGGAUUCGUAGCUGAGGAACGCCUUUGAAAGUGACUUUCGGCGGUAGUUUUCUCCGUUGGCUUUAACUGCUAGGACAACUGUGAAACUCUGCUUGUCUCCACCGCACGACAAGAUCGGCACUGUUCGGUUGCCCGUGAAUUCGAGGGUUCUUGUGGCUGGUAGCGUCCAUGUUUAAGAUGUGGCUUAACUGGUAGUCAUGACGUCACCGGGCCCUCAACACAAACCGAUGGAAUUCGACGAUCUUUUCCUCCAUGUCCGCUGAUAGACGCUGUGCCAAAGUUGUUUUCGCUCUCAUAGAUACAGCGUGACGACGUUUCCAGUUGUUGUACCACCCUAUAGAUGCCUUGAACUCUGGAUCGGAGCUGAGUUCCUUCGCCUUUAACCGGAACAUUACGCUAUUAACUAAGAGACCUGCAAAAAUAGGACAAUACAGUGUUAAUGGACAAGGUAUUUUACGUGCACGUGUUGCAUGUUAACAUUGAUCUUCUGGACUGUUAAUCAAUUGGCAUGAAUUGAAGACGAAACAAGUUUUUAUCGUACAUUGACUUCUUUGAUCGCUAAACCAGUCUGCUAAGCGUUGAUCCAGUUCUGGGUAUUUUGGUUUGCACGUUUGGCAGUCAUCUUUAACUCGCCAUUAAACAGCAUAUGCUGUUGGUUUCGCCAUUUCCGAACCAUUGACUCGGAUAUUCCGUACUCGCGUGCAAUUUCCCGUCUGUUUUUCACUGCCUCUGCUUCCGCUACUAUUUUCAACUUAAAGUUCAGAUAAUUCAAGAAGUAAUUUUCGUUUAUUUGUUCAAACAGAUGGGACACACACGUUAGUUACCAGUGGAUAAUACAGAACCAUGAUAAAGACAACUAUCGCUAUGUGGAGCUCGUAACUUAAUUGUUCAUAAAUAAUUAUUUGUUAACUACAUUUUCAUAAAAUUUGAAAAUAACAAAAAUGUUUUUGUGCUGUGAAAUUUUCGUUCUUAUGAAGAAAACCAAUGCGCUACAGCUGGUGCAAGUUGCUUUCAGUCUAUUGGUCUAUCUAUUAAAAAAGCAUUUUAAAAAAUGAUGACUCAUGUCAUGAACUGUCGACCGAGUGUUAUCAUUUGCAUUUAUUCUAGAUCCUACAAAAGAGUUUUAAAUACUUGAAGAAAUUUCCUUUCAUUUACUGCUCCCAAAUGCGAUAACUUUCGUCUGCCGACAGCUGCUCGUAGCAGCUUAAUUAUAUAUAUCUGGGGCUUGAUGAAGAGUGAAACUGAACCCUGCAAAAUGGCAAAAACCCUUUUUAUAGGCUGUGCGUUUGGUAAGUAGUACCUUUAAUAUUUCUUUUAGUUUAUCAUAAGCAAUGAAAGCCAAGCGCUUGACCAUAAUUUGCAAAAGAUUCAUAUCGACUUAAGAACUUCCCGCGACAUGCAAGCAAAUCCGUUAAAAAUUUAUUUCAUGUUGUGUUUAUUAGGCAUUCUAAUAACAAAACGUUCUAAGCUCUACAGAUAUAUGCUAUAGGCUUCCAGAUUAUCUCCAAAAUAAACGGACUUUUAGCAUUAGUUUUCCGGUAUUUAUCAACUUUCCGAACGAUGCAAAAUAAUUGGAAAAAAGUAGUCACUGUAAUUUAUAAUUUUUGACGUCAUGGCGGUGUAUCUGAACGCCUUAAUUAGGAUCACGCGACACAAGAAUUUUGUAGCUAUCCUAUCUUUUACGCUAAACGGCGUUGGAAACCGUCCGCUUUCAUGUAAUUUUUGCUUAUAGCGGGCGAACCUUAUAACGUGGUUCAACUUGCACUCGUAUAAGGUUGAACAGAUGCAAAGUUUUACAACAGUUUGACCCAGAGUUUGAAAAAAUUUGGGUGGUAGAUGUUUUAUUCACCUACGUACUUCAGACAUCUGACUCCUGUUUUUAUUCUGACUUUGAGGCAAAUUUACUUAGUGGACUGCUUCCAUUCUUUUUUUAAGCUGAAAUAUCAUUUCCAGUCAAUUAGACCGAUAGACGAUGAUCAGUAGAAACUCAUUAGUUAAAGUUAUUUGCAAUCAUUCAUAUUUGAUUCAUAUAGAUUUUGUAACAAAAAAUUAGAGAUAAAAAAGAACGAGCGCACGACCUCACCAAAGUGUUUUUUUUAAGUCCCUUUUAGUCACAAAAAUUAGCAUAUAUAAAUAUGACAGUUAAAAAAAUAAAAACGGACGAGAAAGUAACAAGCAUUUAAGAUGUGUUAACAAUUACGUAAUUGCAACAGUUAAAAGAAAAUUGAUAUUCAUUCAGACCCGAUGACACACACCUACACAAACAGUCAAAUUUUGGCAUAAAAUUGUGAGGCUCUUAUAAUAGAUAGACGCUACGGUGAUAUCUUUUGUUUGACACCGAAUGCAUUGAAUUAAAAUUGGGUUAUCAUUGAAGUGUCCCUCCGGCCCUAUGGAGUAGAUAAUGAAUUCAAAAUAACUUGAAAACUCAUUAUUUCAAUUUGUAUACAAAAAAUAGAACCACUACCGCAUCGCAGCUAAUAAAGCAGUCCUCUAAUAAAAGUUUUGAUAUAACUUGCUCUCCCUUUGGUUAAAAGAGAGAGCUUUAUUAGAGUACAAAACACGGGUCUAAAGCUGUCACACCAUUUGCCAACUUGUACUUUGUCCGACCAUUUCCCCUACUUUUCUCUAGCUUUUUUUCGUUAAUUGUAUUGUAGCGUGCUUUAUGAGAGUAUAGAGCAAGCUGAUGACACCGUUUUUCCUUUUGGAAAUUGUCUGCUUUGAAAAUUGACAGUAACGCGUGUGGAAUUAAAAGGAUUCUUUAUUACAAACAACUAGAGAAGCCUUGAAUGUGCUCUGUUCUGUUGUAAAGCACUUAGGAAGCGGCUACAUCACUCAAGAAGCGCAGAGAAACACUUGACUAUAAAUUCUCAUUAGUCUGUUAUAGUGCUUUUCUGUGAAUUUUCUUAGAUAACCACGAAAAACAUAAUUCUUAAUUCUUCAGUCACUCUAUUUAGUAAAUUUAAUUCGUCAGCGAAAUGCAUAUUUCAGUGGAAAUAAGAAACUGAAUUGAUUUUUCACAUUCGUACUUCAGCUAUCCAGACUUUGAUGAUGCAAUCCGUGAGAGGAGGUAAGGCUGGGUUUUUUUCUUUACUUUUAUUUAUGUGUCACUUAAAAUAAGAUUUGGUCCAAAAAAGGUAGGGUGUUAUUCUGAUACACUUACAAGUCGUUGAAUAAGAAGGAACAAAGCUGCAUAUUAAACUAUAGAACCGCCACCGCUGAGCUGAGGUUCAUGAGGAUGACUACGUUGCAAAAGGUUUAAAUUAUACUUAAAGACGAGAUGUCGAGCUUAUUUUGAACUAGAGAAAGGUUCAUAACAGAUAUACGAGGCACAUAAAAUUAGUUAAAAUUGUUCUAUACUCUACUAUAUAUACAUGUACAUAUGAAGUACAGUGACUACGUCAAUUUCAUGUUUUCAAGAGAUCGGUUUUCAAUGCUACUUUUGUUUUCUCCUUUAAUCUAUAGGAAGCGAGAGUCCUUGUUUUGAUAGUUUCCGCUACAAGUUUUGUGCGUCGGGCCGGAAAACAUGGAACGAGAGCAGAAGCAUUUGCAAGGCUGACGGCGGUGAUUUAAUUUCCAUUGAAACCGAAGAAGAAUUCGACCUUAUUAUUGAUACGAUUGAAAACAAUAAUGAACAAAAAUGGCACAUCGGUUUGGUAAGAGAGAACGGGAUUUGGACCUGGGUGAGUGGAAGACCACUGACUAUUUGUAAAUGGGAAGACCAACCAAGUGGGGCCAGAAAUAAGGCCAUGUUAGUCACGAAGAAGCAACAGGGCCACUUUGCAAAUCAAGCCCUUAACGGAGAAGAUACUUCAUAUAUUUGUGAAAUGCCCAAAGGUAAGAACACAUUACAUCUGUAUACUACACUUUAAAGAGAAAGACGUGUAAGGAUAGUGUCACCAGGCCACAGAGUAGACGGCUUUGUCCAAGUGUAAUUGUUAACUGCAUGUGUUCUCCCCAAUGUUUCUAAUGUUUCCCAAACGUGAAGGAAAUUCACCUCAGUUGACUGAUGGGCAAAGUUGUAAAAAACUCCCUCUCUAAAUUAUUCAAAUCCGACGAAAAAUAAAAUUGAUUAACUAAAUUGCGCUUCAAAAUGAAAUACGUAAGCGCGUUAGUAUCGAUGAACAUACAUUAUUAACGUUGAAAAAAAUCAUUUUGUGGGUUUUUGAGUGGCGUGAGUAUCAUAUUUUUUUCCUUACGUGUUGCAGCCAAAAACUGAAAUUAUUGUUAAUUGUUAAUACCUGGCACACUAAAAUAUGGCAAGAAGAGAUGGGUGCAAAACUGCACUUUCCAUGAUGGCGUAAGGAAUCUUACUUGUUCCGUGAAUAACAGUUUCUAACUGAAAAGACCUGCCAUUGUGAAGGUGAUAGUGUCAUCUAAAAUGCAACAAGAUACGGUGCACGCAAACCUGCAGAUCUGGUGGGUGCCUGAUCAAUUUGACUGGCGAUCAAGGCUCUCUUUAUAAGAGGAUUAAGAUUUUAAAUGACAACCAUCCAUAUCCUAAGUGCGAAGAUGUAGAAAGUUCCCGGGUGUUUUCCAAGGCUCACUUACAAGCGUUGGCAUUUACCGCUGCCGUUUCUUUUGUUUAACUCGACUUUUCCAAAAUCUGCCUGCGCCACCCAAGCACUGUGGUGCUUUUGAUAUUUUCGAAGACUAGACAUUAAGAUUUUUCCAAAUGGAUACGUUAUUGUCGCUCUCGGAAAUGUCCCUCGACGAAUGAUUUUAACCGCAAAAUAAACACAAUUUGGAAAACUUUUCCCAAGUGCGACCCAUCCCUUAUAUAAACAAAAUUAACGUUGCAAUAUGAAAUUUAAUUAUGUUAGAAGGUUAGAGUUUAGUGGCUAAACGAUUCAAGUUUCGCUUUGCGUUAUGCGUUUCUUUUUUCUUGAGAGAAAGCAUGAACCGCUUUUCUUAAAAUGUAAACUUCAAUUCACGAAAAAAAAUUUCUAGUGGUCGUUACAUCAGAAGAUCUAAUAGCCGCUGGAUUGUAUGCGGAUUUCUCGGAAAACAUACUCUCUAAAUUGACAAAUUUCAAGGCCUGGACAGGGAGUCUCCUGUCGUUUUCUCUAGAAAAUCCAUCAAAUUAUUAAAAUAAGAGCUUGUGCUGGCUCAAACCUUCUUCCAGCGAGACAACCACGGUUGAGCUCAAAAAUCAAAGAAAGGGAAGUAAAUUCAUCGGAAAAAAAGAAACGAGUACGUCACAUUUGGUGGUUUAACAAUUAAUACGCGCGGAUAUUUUGCGAUUUGCGUGGUAUUUCCAAGGCCUCGUAAGGGCGAGUUGAAACGACAGAAAGUGGGAAAAAUGUGUACUCGUAUUGUAUGUUAACCAGUGAUUAAGGGAUGUGUUAUUUAUAUGCUAAUAUUUUUGGCGUCUAGUUUUCGAAAAACAUCCUAGGCCUUAUCUGAGUAUCGAUCAUACAAGACAUGUGCGAAAGACGAAACUAAUACAAAGGAAACGAUAAGGUUGUUCUGUAUAACCAAUAGAAAAUCGAGUGCAUUUAAGAGCUUUUAUCAUUCGUAGCGGCCAUUUCGUUACUCCGCUUUCCGUUCGCAUUUUAACUGUCACAUUGUUACACUUGGGCAUUUUUUUAACGAUGUGGUCUUAAUCAACAUUUUUCUCAAAGAUCCAUCUAUAUCUACCGCACUUUCGUCGCCUUCACAACGCAAUCGCCAUCGCUCUUGCUAUAACCAUCGCACAUCGCCAACGCCAUCGCCGUCGCCGUCACCGUCGUCAUUGCCAUCCCCGUCGCCGUCGCCGUCGCCGUCGCCGUCGCCGUCGCCGUCGCCAUCGCCGUCGCCGUCGCCAUCGUCGUCGCCAUCGUCAUCGCCAUCGCCGUCGCCAUCGUCGUCGCCAUCGCCAUCGCCGUCGCCAUCCCUGUCGCCUUUGCUAGUUCAGCAGCUGGUAUGUUUUCUAAAUAGUCAUUUACUGUUCUUAUGCAUACCACUUUUCAGGAUCUUCACUGUUUACAAAUGGACAGACAUUAAUUUUUAUUCCAGGCAAAGGAGUAUCUUUCAAAAUUUGGCGGAAUAGAUAUCACCAGAAGGACUUCCAUACAGGUAUGUAGUUUUCAUAACUUAAAGGCUUUUACACCGUAAGAAGUAAACAUCUGACCUUUAAUGAUAAACCACCAUUAAGCAAUAUGAGGUGAAAAUGGACAAGCUCAAAAAAAGUCCAGGCUCCUAAAAUAGUUCUUUAGCCAAUGAAUACCCUGGACACCAUUUGGGGCCUCCUGCUAGACUUUUUCCGCGUUAUUAAUAUAAAUUGUAUGUAUGAGACUGGCUGCUUAAUAACCUGGAAUUAUUUUAUGUAAUUGUAGGAGGCUGUAACUGUGUUUGAAGAUUUCACCUUAAAAAUCAAGAACGCCACAAAAGACAAGGCGGGCAUAGAAGUAGUUAAGACACUGAAAAACUCCAUCUUCAAGGUGGCAGAGGCAGUCGAGGAAUUUGCUCUUAAUUAUAGCAAGCGACACCUGAGUGGAAUGAGGCCUUCAGAAAGGAUCGUUUUCCCAAAAAUGGGUGAGGUUGCGGCAUUCAAUCCUGUUUACUUUCAUAGUCUAUUCCUCUGUUACUUACUGACUCGCUGACUGACCGACAGAGUUGUCUAACUUCUUAUAGCUAGGUGGUGUAAGAACUCAGGUAUAAGCCCAACUUAUUAAAGACUUUAUUGUUGGAUGUUAUCGAUUAAUCUGGCCUUUUAAUUUGUUUGAUACUUUGAUUUUUCGCCGUGGAGAAGGAAAUUAAAGGUAUUCUUGAACGAUCAAAAAGAGACUGAUCGGAAUUCUUUUAAUUGUGAAACCUAAUUCUCGCUCUGUUCAUCAAAACUUUUCUUAAAGUUUGGUGAGUAACACUUUAUUAACUGAAAUUUUCAAAUCUUAAAAAUACUUUCCACUCACUUUUUACCAUACACUGACCUCAAAUAGGCCUAUUGUCGGCGAUGCAUACAAAUGCAAGACUUUUAACCGUGCUCGUAAAAACUCCCUAAUGAACUCUAUAGUUCUCUAGCGAAACUUCGAGGAACGAAUUGAGUUUUCAUAAUUUCAGGCCGUCCAAUACUACUCACUUGUUCAUCAGUUUGACUUUGUAAAAUGCUUGAAAUCGUCGAACAUGACAGGACGGAAAACGCGUGCACUGUAAGUACCUCCCGUUGUCCCAUACAAAGCCUUAGAAAACUUUUCUAAGGCUUUGUAUGGGCUUUUUUUCUGGAGUAUCUGGUAGCGCUCCAGGUUGCUUCAAUAUGCUUACCGCAAGGCGUCAUAAUCUCGUCACUUUGUGACAGAAAUGUCGUUUUACUGAAAGUGAACCAGAACACCAACAGACCUAUACAUGUCUCAAUUUUCCGAUGAGGGAAUGUUAGGCAUCAAUGACACGUCAUCGCUUGUCAAACUUUGUCAAUAAACAUGACUUCCACUUACGUAAUUGGCACAGGAUGUACUACUACCGAUGAGGGAAUAAUAAAUAAAUCUGAUCAGAUGUCUGUGGCAGGUCGGGUGAUAUUGAAACGCGUGGAAAAUGCAUUUUACAUUAAAAAAAAAAUUUAUACUUGGAGGAUUUCAACUGCUUUUUUUUUUUCUGGUAGUCCUUGCAUAAACCUUGUACCCUGUUUCAUCCACAUUAAUUCUUCGUAGUUGUACAUUCACUGCGAAUAAAGCUUUCCGGUUAAUUUUUAUCGUUUUAUCGCGUUGAGAUAGGCCGCUGUCCACUAGAAUUUUCUACAACAUUAUAUCGGUAUGGAAACGCGGGCACAAACUCAGCCACAGGGAAUCGAGUACCGAAGGCGAUCGCCAACAAAAAGCGCGCGCUUGGCGCGUGCUUGGCAAAGUAAUCAUGCCACGACGAUCUGGGGAAAAUACAAUUGAAGAAAAACGCAGGAUGCGAAAUCAAAGGAGGAAACGUAAACGAUUGUCAAGGACAGCUAGGGAAAGGGAGAACAGAGAAAUGAGAACACAAAAGGAAAGAGAUGCAUAUUCUCGCGCUAAGGGAUUGGCGCGAAUGUAUUAUGGCAAAUGGAAAGCAUUAGUCGAACAGAAUAAAAAGACCGUGGACAAAACCAAGGUAGGUACUCGGUUAGCGUCAAAAUAGAAUAAAAUAGGUAUCAGAAAAUGAGCAGUUUGUUACAAAAAACGAUAUCACCGAACUGAAGCCGAACGUAAUCAAACUAGCAUUGUCUUGCAUUGUACAAAACGUCCUGGGGUUGACUUCAACAUAAACUCAUAGGGGGAGGGGAGAGUGUAGCCCUCAAAAUUCGUCUCCUUUUUAUGAUGGAAUGAAAAAAAAACUACAAUCAUUUUCGUGAAAUAAGGCAAGGAAUCCCCAUUUGAAAUUGCCACGUUCUGAAAUGAUUUAGCGGGAAUUCAUUUAUUUCUAUUUGCCAAGCUGACAGGCAAAACUUUCGUCUGAAAAGGACAGUCAUUGAGCUUUGAGCAUUUUCCCUUCUAUCUUGCUAUGUAGUGUUGAUCUUGCCCCACCAAGGUUACCACAGAUCAAAAAAUGGCCAGGGAUAGAAAUUUCAAGGUCAGGGAAAAGUCAGGGAAAUUAAAGUUGUUACACCACUGAGUUUCAUACCAUGCUGGAAGAAAUAUUUCAGAUGAUCUCAGCAAUGUUUUAAUGAAGAAGAGGAGACUGGACAUUUUGUAUCCAUUUAAUCAGGGAAAUUUUAUUUUUAUCAUGGAUAGGUCAGUACCUUCAUAGUCAGGGAAUUUUGGAAAGUUCUGUUUGUGGCAACCAUGCCUACCCUCUGUGUAUCUCUAUCAACAGUGUUAGAGUUAAGUCUAAAAUGAAUACAUAAAAUAUAGCUCUGAUCAAGGAAAAUAUAUGAAAAGGUUUUGUCUAAGAUAGGCUUCUCCUAAUUGUUCUCACAGCAAUAACAUUCAGAACAAUCAAAACAAAAAGACUUGAAUAAGUAAAUAACUAAAUGAAUAACUAAAUAAAUAAGUAACUAACAAACUUACUUAAAUAUAUACACAUUUUUAAAAAAUAAAGUCAACCAGAGUUGAAAUUCAGUUAAAAGAUAUUUGUUUCUUGGUGACAGUGGCAGCUACUGUGUUAAAUUACAGAUGCAAAAAUUUAGCAAGUGUUUAACUCUAGCAAUGUUUUUGUCAGAAGAAAUACUUGCUAAUAAUGAUCCACAUGUGAAAACAUGAAAAUCAUAUUAGGCAUGUAAUUUAGCCUCAAUACUUUUCUUCGCACCAUUUGGCAGCCUUUUUUAGAUCCCUAGCCCAUAGAAUUUGCAUCACCUCCCAUCGCUUGGGGGCAACUAAUGGCUAUGGAUAAUUCUGGAUCAGCCAAAAUGACACAUUUUUGCUAGUUUGCUGAUACCUGUCAACAGAGACAAAUAUCACCUUGAGAUGAUCAAUUUUGGUUGGAAACAAAAAAAAACCUGCUUGUAGGCUGCUAGUGGAAACCCUCUGUAUUAGUCUGCCCUCUUCCACAGUUAGCAGCAGGAUUAGGGAAAGUCACACCACAGUAAAUUAAAAACAAAAAAAUUUAUCACAAAAACAGUUCCAGCAGCACAGAAAGGCCACAAUGUUGGAUGGAUGGCCAGGUAUACAGUAGGAAAUAAAUUGCAAAAUGUGUGCCAGCAUGUUUGUGUUAAUCCCAUAUUAUGAAGUAUGAGUUGUUUUCAGUAACUCAGUGUCAAAUUUUACGGUAUAGUUUUCUGUAAUAAUAACUAAUUAUCAUCAUUAUUGGCUUUCCAUUGUUAGACAUUAGCUACAAAGUCUCAAUGCCAAUUUCUUGACCAAUUGGAAGUAAAACCAAGUAUAACUUGUUUGCAUAUCUAAAAGUAAAUAAACAAAGUUAAAACUGGGUGGGUUGCCUUGAGAACCCAUCUGUUCUGGUGUGUUGUUUUCUGAGUUCUUAGAAAUAAGUGCACACUAUCUUAACUCUGGUGUAAUUUUGAAUAUCAGAACCCUGAAGAAUAGCCCUUACUAACAGACCUGGUGCAUGACACAGUAGUUUGGGUGUGUUUCUAUGUGACCAAAUGAUAGGCUUUGACCUGUUUUGAGACUUAUCAGUGUCAAUGGUACCGUCCAUCUAGUGUGUAAACAUAGUACUUUUAAAUGAAUUCAGUAGACUUAUUCAUUUGAUCAUUAUCAUCUGCCACACAACUGUGUUCCCUAUUACAUUAGUGUUCACUGUGAGAUCUAGAAUAACAUAAAUGUAGGCAAAAAUGAUAUAAUAAAUUAUUUGAGCCUAAGCCUUCUUGUAGUUGAAAUAUUGGGAAAGAAAGGAAGAAGAAAAUAAUCAAGAAUAGAAGAAUUAGGCAUAUGCAAGAUAACAUUCUGUUUCCAUUGUUACUUUAGCAAAUCAGUAUUCCUGUUGUGAAGAUGUCACAUCUUUUAUCAGCAGGACUGCCAAGAUGACUCAUCUUUUUGCCAGUUUCUGUUUGCUAUUGUAACAAUAACUCUUGCAGUCCACUGGCAAAGGCCAAAAAUUAACUUAGGAAUAAAACAAGGAUGCUGUGGCUCAAAAAACUUUGUAUUAGGACACUGCCAGCUUGAACCUAGGAGUCAGCAUUUAGGCUUUGAGUUUAAGCAGAGACUUUUCCCUUUUUCUAAAAUUUAAGAUCUAUUUCCAAGCGUUUUCACAAGCCAAAGCCAAAGCCUUCUCUUAAAAUUAAUGAUUGAAAAACCAAGGUAUGUUAGUUAACAUUUUCUUUCAAUUAUUAAGUUCCAUUGUAGCAACUUCACCUUCACCUAACUUCUUCGCGCCAAGUGGCACAGAAGGCCUCAUCCCUGAAACAUUUUUGUAUAUUCAUCUCUCAUCUCGUACCUAUCCUGUGUAUCCGUGUAUGUAAGCUAUGUUCGCGCUAAAAAUCUAAAGGUGGGAGGAUAACCAUAACUCCACUGACUCUCCUCUACAAGUUCACAUUUCUCACAGUUCCUCGCAUACUAAAUAAGUCGUGUUGAUUAGACAUGCUCGAAAUCUAAAUGAUGUUUUUGACAGAAUAAUUGAAGACAAGUACGCAUGCGUUAAGGGUGUCAGGCUCGAUAUUUCGAUACGCCCACGAAAUCAAUUGACCGUGAAGAUCUGGGAGAAAGCCGUUUACCAACAGGCUACUGGAAAGCGCUUUUAGUUAUUCACCAUACGGGAUAGCUGCAUACCCACAAAUAUGUCGUAGAAAGAACAUGCCAUCCUACCACUAACAAACAACUCGUGGUUGAAAGCCGGUUAAGACAACAGGACAACAGGCAAAAGAAUGGAGUCUUUUAUUAAGAUUAAAGAAUCAUAUUACGACAUUCAUAACAUUAACCAGGACUCCAUUCACGAGCGAUGACACAUUGAUCUCUACAGUUUGAAAGGUUAUGGAGUCGCAUUACAACACUAACCAGGACCCCAAUGACUAGCGAUGAUAAGUUGAUCUCCUACAGUUUGACAUGCUUUCACACAUUCCCAACAGACCCGGGGAAAUAACGCUGCGGGAGAUGAUACUUGCAGUAAAAGCCAUAUCCGUCCUCUCAUGAGUCGAUGAAGGGCAAAUAAGAUACAAACAUUACACACCCAUCCAAUAAGAUUAUGAAAUAUUUGUGUAUACCGCAAAACGUAUGUUUGGGUAAAUGUGCUAUUGUAAAUUUUACCGUAAGUGCUUCCAUUUGUCAUUUUUUUCCCGACAGUUUUGGCCAUUCAAAAAGCCUUUCGCCAGAAUGCAAGUGGCUUCCACUUUGAGGUACAACAAUGGCAAGUGAAAAUCGAUAUCGCUUCUUCAAAUUUUGAGGAAAAUGGUUCGUAUUAACUAUUGUGGUAACUUUACAACUUCUAGUAUUACCUUGGUUUCUUUAAUCGAAAUUUAUGUAUUGAAAUAAACCCUCAUAUAAAUAUGCUUCCUUAGUUUACAUAGUCUAUCUUCUUUAAUCAUUCGCCUUCCCUCUAAUGUCACAUACCUCAGAGCCUGAUAAACAUUUCAAUGUUGUUUUUUUUUUGUUCUUGUUGUUAUUUGAUAACUUAUUUUGUUGAUGCUUGGCGGUUUAAAGGAUCAUUGGUAGUUGCGUUUGUGUACAAGGAUCUGCAUGAGUUACUUCUGACAGAUCGAGCCAUCAGCAGUGAAACAGACAACAAAAGGUGAUGUUAGUUCUGUAUUAUUGCGUGUCGUUUUCCCUAGAAACACAUAACGUGGAAACACAUAAGAUCUACGUUCAACCAAACUGAACUUAAAAAUUUUCAAAAACCCCAACUAAAGUUGGAAGUCUUCCUGCUUAUCAUUGACCAUUCCACCUUUAUGAAAAGCUCGCUUGAAUCUGCCAAAAGUAUAUAAUGUUGCUUCCUUCGUUCUCAUUCAUUUUCAAAUACAAUUUCCUUCAUAGGUUUAUCAACUCCAGGAUAAUGGCAGUAACUAUGGACCCCAAGCCACAGAAAUUGCGAGAAAAUGUCAUCCUAAAGUUAAAAAACCUUAAGGUAGCAUUAAAAUUAAUUUUUAUGUGUUGUUUUGAUUUAUACUGACAAAAUAAAAUCUAUUUUCAGGUCUUGACAGCAGAGAAGCGCUGUAUGUUUUGGAGUGACAUUAGCAAAAGGUAUAAAAAAAUACAAUAUACUAUUGUAUGGUAUUUAUUCCUUCUUGAAUUAAAUUAAGUUUGGAGGAGAAUUAAUGAGCAUGUUGUCGUUUUUAGAGAGGCGAGGUCUGAUUGAAAUGUUCUCACAAUUAAAACCACAAUGGAGGAAAAACUUAGCGCAAAAUUGUCAAACAUCACAUCUUUCCCUAGAAACGAAUAAUUUUGUACGCUUUGUUGAAUUACUUUUUUUUUCAUGUCUGACAGCUUUUCAGAGGAAGGAUACCAUGUAGUUACAUCAAAAAGCAACUUAGAAGAAACAGUUUGCAACUGCAAUCAUUUGACGCAUUUUACAGUCUUAAUUGACUACGGCGGUAGCACAAAGGUAAUAGAGUUAUUUUUACUUUACUCAAUAGUUUUAUGGGCUCAAUGAACUAACUCAAUGCUGUCCUUUACUUUUCUUUUUUUUGACACAGCUCACCGAGGAGGACGAAACAAUUCUGAAAAUUAUCACCUACGUGGGACUGAGCCUUUCCAUUGUCGGGAUACUUUUAACAUUAAUAAUUUAUUCUUGGCUCACGUAAGUAAUGUAUCUGAAUAAUAAUGAGGUAGAUUCUUAACUCCUCUCAACAAGGCUGGUGAAAAAAGAGAUCUCAAUGCAAAUCUCCAUGCAAACAAGAACAUGCCUGUCGGAUAUUUUAACAAAUUCAAGCUACAUUUCAUGCCCCAUCACGAACGCUUGAACAAUUCAUGGUUUCACGGUUUAUGAAUUGUUUAGGGUUUAGACAUUUUCUCCCUAAUAUUUCCCUUUUAUGUCCUUUCUGUGGCUAUUGCUCACUUUUUUCUUUCCUUUGGUAUCAAGAUUUAGUUAAUUUUUUUAGUCAUAUUUUUCUGUCUUUUAAUUCAAUUUUCUUGUGUUUUGCUGUUCUUGCUGUCUCCUGAGUGUUUUUUUUUAUUGUUGUUGUUGCUUUUGUCUCAUUCAUUCUUUUUGUUUUUACUAUUAUUUCACCAGAGAUGUUCGUCAACCUCUCUCUCAAAUUCGACUGAGUGUUUCUAUGUCACUUGGAGCUGGACAGAUCAUCUUCCUCGCCGGAAUGAACGCCACAGAAAACAAAGUCAGUGGCCUCUCCUUCUAUUUAUAGAAUGAAUUUACUCUUUGCACCAUAGAUAUCAUGUCGAAAGGAGCACGUUAAGAAUUAUACGAGAACCGGCUUUCUUUCCACAGGCUGCCUGUGUUACAAUAGCAGCUCUGAUGCAGUAUUUCUUCAUGGCCGCUUUCUGUUGGAUGCUGAUCGAGGGAAUUUAUCUCUACUUUUUUGUUGUGAAAGUUUACAACAUUAACACCAAGAUGUACAUGUAUCACAUCAUCUCAUGGGGUAGGUUUAUUAUUUUAAAACAUGCACUGGUCACUGUAACCAUGCUUUCGGAUCGCCAAAUCUUUUGUUGUGAUGCAGUAAAGUGUUUCGAUUUCCUUUCUUUCUUUAUGGGUAGGUCUUCCAGUGAUCAUGGUGGCCAUUUCACUCGGCAUCGCUGCUGGAAAAGAGGGGUUACAAAGCUAUACGAGUGAUAAAUAGUAAGAAAAAAUUCAACGAUUUUUUCUUGCUCUUCUCCUUUUAAUUCGUUGCAGUUAAUUGUUUGUUUGUUUUUGCAUAUAGUUUGAAAUCGGUAUCAUUUCAUUUUCUAAAAAUUUGUGUUUCUUUCUUGUGUUUCACUUCCUCGAGUUUAGUUGCUGGCUUUCCUCGACUAACAACCUGAUCUGGACAUUCGUCGCCUUUGUGGCUUUCAUUGAAGUUGUGAGUUUAUUAUUAGUGUUUAUUAUUAGUGUCGGUGAUUUUGAUUGGUACACCUGGACUACUUGCUGCUAAAGAUUUUUUCUCUGCUCUUUAAAAAACGAAUUAAACAUUUAGGAUAUGACCCCACACAAUAUUUACCAAUUUCCUUUUCCUAUUUACUCACAACAAACUUUGGACGUAGCUGCUGUUUGCGAGGAUGCCAGUCAAUUAUAACCUAGUGAUGGCCUUCAAUAGCAAGUAAAACCUGUUGAGACAAUGUCUUCACAGGCAAAAGAUAGCUUCAUAAAUUCUUUAACUAAAACUUUAACUACAUAGUGAGAAAAAUAUUUUUCCCCUUUCCUUUUGAUGUUUUCUCACUGUUUCACAUUGAUGUAAGAUAAAUUUUUCGCGCAAAAAUAGCUCUUAAAAAACAAAAAAGAUGAAAGGAGCAGGAGGAAUAGGAGAUAUUAAAUUUAUGUAGUUUAACAUGAGGAUUCAGUUUGCAUAGUUCAUUCAGUUCACACACUUUGGUUGGCGAUUUCUUUAGCUCAUUGUCAGAGGAUCGAAGCUCAUAAUCUAUGUUCCCCAGUUGGGAGUUUUAUUCCCUGUAAAUGACUCCAAACUAUUACCGUCUUGGGCAAGGAUCCUCUCCUGCUUUAGCUAUUUGACAACAGCAUCUAAAUAAUCAAUUUAUUUCUAUUGUAUUCCUCAGCUCAAUAUCUUGAUACUCGUACGAGUCAUUAAAGAGAUGACCAAUUUGUUGCAGCCUACAGGGGAAGACGACCAUUCUCAGCGAAUACGGUAAGAUUCGCAACAUAGAACUAAAUUAAAAUAGUGGAAGACAUUGCCAUGUCCUCCUGUGAGGCUCUAUUCGCCUAACAUUCCUUAAUCAGUAAGGUCUUACUAUAUCUAAAAAUGAAAUUUCAUUGUCAAGGUAAAAUAAAAGGAACGUUUUAUUUUUUACUCCUAGAACUGGCAUCAAAGCAUGCGUGGUGAUGAUUCCCCUGCUGGGUGUCACGUGGGUAUUCGGUCUCCUCUCACCUGUACAUAAAGCGUUCGCUUACAUGUUUACCCUACUCAACUCUGCUCAGGUAAGUGUUGGAUUUUAACUCUCAAAAAUCAUCCAAACUCUGCUGUUUAUGUUAAUUUAUGACCAAGUGAGACAACGUUGCAAAAACGAAAAGUUGUUAACCAAGCAAGAGAAGUUAGACUUCUUUUUCAUUGAUAAGAUGUGAAAUUUUCCUUUAUUCUUGGAAAUCUUAACUGAUAUUAGACUAAUUUGUUUGCAUAUUAUAAAAAGCAACGAUCUUGAAAUCAUGUUUAUGCUGCAGGGUUUCCUGUUUUUCGCUCUACACUGUAUGCGAAACACUCAGGUAAGAGAAACCAUUGAAGUAAUUAUACGCUAACUCCAUAUCAUAAAGUCUUAGUGUUUCGAUAAAUGUCCAAGUGCUAAGAACCAUAUUCAUGUUGCUCAUCUAUCUGCAGAUCAGAGAGCGAUUCAAAAGAAAGAUGAAUAUCGUUUUUCCAUCUUCUAUAAGGGACAACUCCACAAGGAAGAGCUUACAGGCCAAUCCAACUGCGGUUGUGGAUGUAUGGGCAGUUGAAUUGCAGUCUUGUGCUGAAUUUGAAUCGAAAUCACACUAA